CAGGUGCUGCUCUCGCACCGCUGCCCGGCGCGGGCCUCUUGCGGGGCCUCCGCCGAGAUGCGCACCACGCGCGCCCCGGUCCGGCGGCCGGCCCCUCCGGCUCCCCUCCCCGGGCGCCGAGCCUGCGCUCGUCGAGCAGGGCGCCGCCGCCAGCGACCGAAUGUCGCCGAUACGCCGCGAUGACUUUCAAGCGCUUUGUGGAGGUCGGCCGGGUGUGCCUGAUCACGUAUGGUCCGAACGAGGGCAAGCUCUGCACGAUCAUCAACAUGAUCGAUCAGGGCCACGUCCUCGUCGACGGCACCGGCGCUGGUGAGGCUGGCUGCACCCGCAUGGGCAUCUCCGUGAAGCGGCUCAUGCUCACGGACCUGACUGUGUCCAUCUCGCUCAACUCGACGCGGAAGAAGCUGAAGGCGGCGUGGGAGGCGGAGGGCACUCUUGCGGCGUGGGAGGCGACGAGCUGGGCAAAGAAGCGGGCACGCUCCGCGGCGCGCAAACAGCUCACCGACUUUGGGCGGUUUGAGGCUAUGCUUGCGCGCAAGGAGCGCUCCGCCGCGCGCAAGGCCAAGAUGUGAGGCGCUUGUGUUGAGGUUGGCGGCUGCUCUGGCCAGGGCUGCUGGGGGCAAGGGGAGGGGCGGUGCAGCCCCUCCGUGCGCCGGGAGAUUGACUGGCCUUGCGCCGCACUCUCUCCCGGUGGCUCGAUUGGUCGUCACUCCUCGAUUGGCCUCUCCUCCUUGGGUAGAGCAAAACCGCUGUUAGUAACGUAUGCCCCAGUCCACCGCGAGUGUGUCAUAACAUCCACUGGCACCAUGAGAUCUAUCUGUGAGUGU